AUGGCCGCCUCGGCACUCGCGACGAGCCUCCUCACCGUCUGCCCCGUCGUCGGCGACCUCCCCACGCUCUUCGGCUCCGACAACACCACGACACACCCCACCCCCUCAAGGCGCCAGAUGGCCCUCCUCAGAAGCGGCGUCCAUCAACAACGGCGCCAGGACAGCUCUGGAAGCACUACUAGCAGCAGUAGUACCAGCAGCACCGGCAGCGGUGGGGUCAGUAGCUGUCGGCGCGGGAGCACCAUGAGCGGCGACGGCGACAGCAGGAGAGAGUCGGUCGACUCCGCCGUCACGAGCUGUUGCGGCGCAUCGUCGUGCACGGAAUGCGAUGCCAGCGCUGCGGUGCAGGAGAUGGCCGUGUGCGUCGAGGAUGCGGCCGAAGACGAAGACGACUCGGUACUGCUCCUGGCGCAGGGCAACGCGCUCAUAGGCACCGGUGUCGAUGCCCCGGGUGACGGCUUCAUGGUCUUCGACACCAGCAUGAGGCAGAUACAGACAUGCGACUCUCCUCGCGAUGCAGACAGCCGAACUCGAAGUAGACGCACAGAACAGUCAAGAACGAUGCGGCCUGCCGACUCAAGAUGA